AUGGAGGCGCCUCCAAUUCCUCCAGAACAAGGCACCACCACUCGAGCGAGCUUCCCGCAAACCCCCGACGAAUUCGAUGACGAUUACCGGAUUUCCUAUUCUAAGCUCGAUAAAAAAUACCACUUGGAAGCGGAGGAUGGGUCAGAAUGGGAGUAUGAUGAUGCGCUGAAGAGAUGGGUUCCCUUGGUGGACGAUGCCCUCUUAGAACAACAGAGAGAGGCGUAUAAAGUUGAAGGCGUAGAUGAACACGAGCCCGCCGAUCUCAAACAACAGCAGCAACGACGACUGAAACGGAAGAAUUAUCCAAUGGCGAAGAGGUCAGCCAACAAACAGACUCAGGCGCCCAAAGCCAAAAGACCUCGCGUAAACACCGCCGUCUACGUUACGUCAAUCCCACUCGAUGCCUCACUGGAAGAAGUGAACGAUGUAUUCAGCAAAUGCGGCGUCAUCGCCGAGGAAAUCGACCGCCGGCGGCCACGCAUAAAAUUAUAUACUGACGACGAAGGGAAGUUCAAGGGAGAUGCACUGAUUGUAUACUUCCGCCCCGAAUCUGUAAACCUUGCCAUCCAGAUGCUUGAUGAUACGGAUUUUAGAUUUGGAGAAACAGGCCCCCAGGGCAAGAUGAAGGUGCAGGCGGCAGAUUUCUCAUUCAAGGCGCAAAAGGAGGCACCCGCCAAGCCAAAUAUGAGUGAGAAGAGGAAAAUCAUGAGGAAAACUCAACGGUUGAAUAGUAAACUUGCCGACUGGGACGAUGAUGAACCAUCGACGGUCCCACCAAGUUCAUCUCGAUGGGAUAGGGUGGUUAUUCUGAAGCAUAUGUUUACUCUGCAAGAACUCGAGGAGGACCCAGCUGCAAUCCUAGAUAUCAAGGAAGACAUUCGACAAGAAUGCUCAAAGCUAGGCGAGGUCACGAAUGUCGUAUUGUAUGAUAAAGAGGAAGAGGGUGUGGCGAGCGUCCGGUUCUCUGAUGUCGAAUCAGCAAACAUCUGCGUUCAGAAAAUGGAUGGCCGCUUCUUCUCCGGCACACGGGUGGUAGCAUACAUCGCCGACGGUAGCGAGCGGUUCAAGAAAUCGAGCUCGAAGCAAGCAGCCGCCGGUACUACUCUUGCUAAUGUUGAGGCGGAAGAAGAUAGUGAACAGGUUGAUGAAGAGGAGGCUGAGCGGCUGGAUAAAUUUGGGUCGUGGCUAGAGGGUGGGGGUUGA